UAUCGUAUCCAGGAGGAUGAGACUCAGCUCCUGCAAUUUUUGGAUUCCAAGUUUGGGAAAGGACAAACAAAUGGUCCCGAUUUCUUUUAUGAUCCCAAAUAUGCAUUGCGGCUAUGCCUCAAGGAAAAGAGAAUGCGUGCUUGUGUUCGCAUCUACAGCAUGAUGUCCAUGCAUGAAGAAGCUGUGGCUCUUGCAUUGCAGGUAGACCCAGAACUUGCCAAGGCAGAAGCAGAUAAGGUUGAAGAUGAUGAAGACCUAAGGAAAAAACUAUGGCUUAUGAUCGCAAAGCAUGUCAUUGAGCAAGAAAAAGGUGUUAAGAGGGAGAAUAUAAGGAAAGCUAUUGCGUUUCUAGCAGAGACUGGAGACCUCCUGAAGAUUGAGGACAUCCUGCCAUUCUUUCCAGACUUUGUGCUAAUUGAUGACUUCAAAGAGGAGAUUUGCAAAUCGCUAAAAGACUACAACAAUCAGAUUGAAAUACUGAAACAGGAGAUGAACGAUGCCACACGCGGAGCUGAUAACAUUAGGAGUGAUAUCAGUGCACUGGCUCAGAGAUAUGCUGUUAUUGAUCGUGAAGAAGAAUGUGGGGUUUGCAAGCGCAAAAUAUUAACUGCUGGAGCAUUGCAACAGAUUGGAAGAGGUUAUACAUCAAUGGCAUCUAUGGUGCCGUUCUAUAUAUUUCCUUGUGGUCAUGCCUUUCAUGCACAAUGCUUAAUAGCUCAUGUUACUCGAUGCACAAGCCAAAGUCAAGCUGAAUACAUUCUAAACCUUCAGAAGCAGCUUAGUUUGCUUGUCUCGAAGGCACAAAAAGGCACAGGGGGUAGCGGGCACGACGAUCCUGUCACAAGCACGACCUCCAUCGAUAAGCUAAGGUCGCAGUUGGAUGAUGCAGUUGCAAGCGAGUGCCCCUUCUGUGGUGAUUUGAUGAUCAGGGAGAUCUCAUUACCUUUCAUCGCGCCCGAGGAGGCUGAACAGAUGACUUCCUGGGAGAUUAGGCCACAAGUUUCUUCUGCACAGAAGAUUCUGCCCAUGACUAUGUCUAUAUGAAAACUCUAGCGUUCCAUAUGACUGUUUUCUCUCCUUUUUUUUUUCAUUUUUAUUUCGUCUGUUUUGGAUUUAUUGUAAUAUGAUACCAUCACAAUUUUUAAUCACAUUUUGCCCCCCCCUUUUUUUUUAAAAAAAAAUCUAUUUGUUGAAGAGAUGUAUACGAUGGCUCUGGUUUGUAUUUUGAUAGAUUAAUUUGGAUGGGCAGCUGGCAAGCCCAAAUAUAUCUAUUUGUUGAAAUAUAUCAUUAACUACCAAAUUAUACUUC